AUGCGGCGGGACGUCAGCUUCUGGGACGACUCGGACCGGUACUUCUCGACCAAAUCCUGCCGGCGCUUAAACUCGUUGAUCCGGGUGGCCAUGCCUGUGAUGCGGUCGAUGGCCAGGAUCAGGUCCGGCUUGUCUUCGUGGCCAUCUUCGGUGCAUUUGUGCAGUUCGUUCAGUAGGAGCGGGUAUUUCAGUAUCCGUUGCACCGGUUUGAUGAGCACAGAGGGUAUGUCGAAACAGUUGGUGCGCUCGCGCAUCACGUCCAGACCGCGGGCCAGGUAUUGCUUGGCGUCCGGUUGGGCUACAGUUCCAACAAUCGGUGGUAAACUAACCGUCGUAUCGGUUCCACAAUGGCUGCAACUGGUCGUGAUUUUUACAGUACAGACUGUAGGCGUCCUUCAUCUGGUCCAACACAUCCAGGAAACACUUGCCGACCAUCUGGUGCUCGUAUUUCUUCAUUUGGGUCGACUCCUCGAGCUUCCGGAUCAACAGCGCCGACACGUCUAUUAUGUCCUCCAGGUUCCCAAACAGUCGCUUCAAGUCGACGCCAUUAUUCUUGGCCUCUUCGGGGUUCUUGAGGAAUAUGUCGGCGCAUACCUCCAGAUUCAUCCGGCAACGGUGGUAGUGGUGGUGAUGGUGGCGGUGGUCAGGGGGCCCGACACUAGUGCGUACACUAACAGCCCGUACGGACAACAUCCCGGUGCGACUGACCACUGGUCCGACACGUGCGGCCAGUUGUCACUCAUAGUGUUGUCUGAAGUGUCACCGCAAGAGGUCCACGAAAUGGGAGACAAAACGUACGCCAAAGUGAUGAUCGAAAUGAGGGCCCAAUUGGAGGACGAGAUGGACUUACAUAAGGAUGAAGUGCUGAUUAUCACCGAAAUUGUCGAUAAGAUGUACUUCAGGGGACAGUCGGCCGAUGGCACGCGAGUUGGCAUUAUUCCCAAGAGGUUUGUCCACAUCUUGGACCACAUCCCGCCUAACGGUGCGUAUCAGUUGCGAUGUUCACCACGUCAGCUAGUAUUCAUUAACGCGAUAAUCGGUUUGGGAAGUGUAGUAACAAUCAGCGACCCACUGCUGGACAUGACAUCCACGGCCACUACGCCCGCCAACGGCGCCCACAACCACCACAUCUACACCAAUGACAGCAGUCUGUACGAAAACACCAGUGACAUCAACGACUGCCCGAUGGACAGCCCGCCCUCCUAUGACCACGUAAUCAGUUCGAUGAUGUACUCGGAGGCGCCGGUAGCUCAGCCCUCGUCGCUGGGCUACAAUAACGCCUAUGUAGGGGACGUCCAGUCCUACGGCAGGGCUUUGUUCUCAUUUCACGCCGUAUUCCCCAAUGAGUUAAGUCUUCGGGAGAACGAAAUCGUUCAUCUGAUCCGUCAUAUCGACGGCGACUGGAUUGAGGGCGAGUGCGACGGGAGGGUUGGCAUCUUUCCCAAGAGUUUUGUCGAGAUUAUCGUCGACUGCGACCGCAAUAACAGCAUUACGGCCGCCGAUGAGAGCCAUCUGAGUGGCGGUGCGGUCGGCGAUCACGAGUUGUUUCCGACCGACACUUUCGGUCGAGUUUUAUACGAUUUUGACGGCGAGAUUGAGACCGAUUUGAGG